CGUAAGAAUGGCGUCCAAAGUAAUAUUUAUUGUUGUCUUGAGCAUAUCCACACUUUAUCAUGUUUCAUCAAAAGGACAACCGAAGAGAUUAUUAGUUGGUUCCUCUGAUGACAGGUUACAACAGAUGGAAAAACAGUUACAGAACUUGACACAGACUGUGCACUUAUUGCAGGAGAAAGUGAAUGAGAACAACCGACAUAUUGCUUUCUACGCAACCCUAACAGCGCAUACAACACUAGGACAACAACAAACAGUAGAAUUUGAUAAAGUUAGCACCAACAUUGGAGGAGCAUAUAAUGGCAUAUCGGGUAUAUUUACUGUUCCCGUUACCGGGCUUUAUCAUUUUUCGACCACCAUGCUGCAGAUGACUAGCGCCAACAAUCAAAUUCAUACUCAAAUCAUGAAGAACUCUAUUGAAAUUGGUCGUAACUUUGGAAAUGAACACAGAUCGUCUGGUACAAUGGACGUAGUUGUGAUGGCACAGAAAGGCGAUGUAGUGUAUGUCCGCCAUAAUAACGAGGUUGGAACCACACAGCAAACAAUGCACGGCUUUGGCUAUUCUUCAUUUUCAGGGUUUCUAAUCGGAUAG